AGUGUGUGUUUCUGUGUGAGUGUGUUUGUGGCCUGGCUUGACUCCCGGGAGCAGACAACUGUAUGUUGCCAAAGUUUCACUUGGUCCACCAACAGGGCCCAGUUCAAAGGAGAGAAGUACACAAACCUUAAAACCACAGUAAUACAGCGGAAUGAGCCACUAACAUGGAGAAACAGGGGGAAAGGGAGACGGAGGCGUGCAACAUUUCUCAAAGAUUUGUGAGACUUAAUGAGAAAAUUGCAGUAGAUAGAAACAGAGAUAGAAAUCGAUUAGGGUGAGGAAGAAUGGGAGGGGGUAAGAGUGAUGGAGAGAGAGGGAGAGAGAGGGUGGGAGCAGGGAGGGGAGGAUCAGUGGGCUCCGCGAGCAUGCGAGGCUCAGCAGCGUCAGAAUGAGACCGAGAGAGAUAGAGAGCGGUAAAGUCAGAGGAGAGCACUGAUGACUAAAGGAUUAACAGACACCAGAGAGACAUGCCGAGAAGGAGGGAGGAGAAGCAUGAGGACAAAAACAGAAUGAACCAGAAAUGCAAAGAUAACCUGCAGGCAAAUGAUCUGAAACUAAGAAAGGUUCUGACAGUGAUGUCCAAUCAGAAGCUGCUAAACCCAUGAAGAGGUUAAAGGAAGAGUUCUAAAAGUUUAUUGGAUAUUGGAUUCCUGUCCACAAAUACCCAAACACUUGGAAUAGAUAAACAAAAGCUGGAACAUUUUGGUUUUCUGUUGGAUAUAAUUUUACUGCUGUUGGCUGAUGUCACCGCUCACCUCCAUCCCCUUCAGCUCCUCCGGGGGCUGAGCCAACCGGGAGGGGAGCAUGGGCAGGAGGGUGGCUGAACCAACCAAUCCGGUGCCGGCAUUGGGAGUUCCACUGGCUGGAGGGCGAUGGGCCCCGUUGUGCAGCAUUGGGGUGCAAACAUCUCCAAGACUGCGGACUCUCCCAUCCAUCAAACGGCAGGGCAGCCAACCAACCAAUGCACAUCAGCCCCUCACCAUGACAACAGACAAAACAAUGACAUCAGAGGCCAGAGAAGUUAUCAGGAGUGACAGCAACAGUCUGCUGGUGUCCAAAGAGACAUCUCAGAACGAGAUCAACAGCCUGACACAGGACGACAUGGGGUCACAGGGGUCUGGUAGUGGAGUUUACUGUCAAAUCAAGACCAUCCAAAGAAACCCCAAGGAUCCAAGAGAUAAAAAGACAGCUCGCUAUACAAACGGCAGUGUGGUAGCCUCUGAUUUGGUGGGCGGGGUUUGCAGCGAGUCCACAGAAGCUACAGAGCCAGCACAAGAGAAGAGAAGAGUCCAAUCUCUGCGAGGAGAAGGUCACCGCUCUGUGUUGAAGACAGGGAGUGCUUGUACGGCCGUACACGCUACUCCACCUCGGCCAUGCCGAAUGGUGACAAAUUCCCCACAUCGCCUUUGUGGGACAUGUGGGAGGAGACGAUCGCAGGUGACGCAGUGCACUGGCGCAUGUCGCAAGAGGGCUGUCAGUCAAAUCACAGCAAGUCAGACUUUACCUAAUCCACCACGGAAAACAUCUGCAAUUUCCAGAAAAGCCUUCAAUGCUCUGAAUUCCCAGCCCUGCGCCAAAACUACUGACAGAGCUGCCACACAGCAGCACACAUCAGUAAAAACUGCUCAAAUACCGCAGCUCUCACACACUAUACCAAAAACACACAGCUCACACUCCAACCGCACAGCACAAGCUCAGGACAAAAGUCAAGAGACAAAGCAGCCGGCGAGGCCACGAUCAGCAGAAUUUACCUGUUACAAAGACACAGCCACGCAAACAACAGAAACACAUCCACACAACAGCACAGCGAGCACAGACACAAAUUACACACACAGUUCAGAGCCAACCACACAGCCUUUACCUGACAAACACAAGCCUCAAAUCCAGAAAACUGAUGAGCAUCUACACACAGCAGUCCACAGUACCUCUAGGCCUCAAACGCCUUCCAUUCAUAUCGACUCAAAAUCCAGCAGCAUCCCAAGUCUUCCACCAAAAGGAUCCCCCCAGAUGACUAAUAAUUCUAAAACAGCUACACCGGUAAUGCAAACCAAAAACCAGGAGACCACAAAUGCAUCCCAACAACCCUCAGAACAGAUCAACACAAAGCAGAAGAGCAAAUCAGCCGAAGACCAUACUCUGCCUUGCAAGACUCAUAUGAAAGCACAAUGUAACGGAGCUCCAGGAGGACUUUUUGAUGGACGUGCUGUGAAAGCACCACACGGGCUGGAGAGACAGCUACAGAAUGUGGAAGAGAACCUGUUGUCCAAUCAGGAGAAGAUCAAGGUGCUUCUCAAUGUGAUUCAAGACCUGGAGAAGAGCAAGGCCUUCAGCGAAGGUCGCAGCUCAUACAGAACCGGGCAAGACAUAAACAACUGUCCGACCUGCCAGAGGACAGCCUGCAUCAUUUACAGUGUGGAGCAUGAUUUUCGACAGCAGGAAGGACGUUUCCAGGGUGUUAUGGAUGCCCUUGAUGGAGAAUAUGAUGUGCCUCUUCAAACUCUGACCAAGCCUCCACCUGCUCCUUCUUCCUGCAGUCGCCCCAGCGCUAAAGCGUGUGUCAAAAAACUGCGCAAGAAAUGUUUCUGGUGGCUCUGAGCUUUCGAAGAGCCAGAACCGUAUUCCUGGGCUACAGGAGAACAAAAGCAUGGAUUUGGACAGCACUAAAAGUUCUAAGAAGGAGCAAAGCACCUUGAUAAAAGCACCUUUGAGUCUGCAGUCAAAAUGUCAAAAUAAUUUAUUUUUUGGGCCUGAUUCUGGUUGCAUUUUGACAAGAAUUGACAGCAAAAGGAAUGUAAAUGAAUAAAAGAGGACCCAAAGAGCUGCUGUGAUUUCUUUUCACCUCUCCUUUUACUGCAAAAGAAAGUCUUCAUCAGCUACUUAAAUGCAACUUGGAAGUGAAAGUGUUUGUAGACCAAUUCUAAAGCAGACAAACGGAAGAGAACGGAGACUCCGGGUCCACUGCUCAUCACUGUGCUGAAUGGCUGCUUAAACAGAUGGGACUGAUCUGAAUCUUUACGGCUCUGGCAAAGUAACAGCAAUAACCUGGGCACUUGUAAUGAUCUUGGAAGUCCGAGGAAUUGGACUACUUGGAGAACAACUGCAAUUCUGCUGCCAAAAUCUGAAUGUAGCAAGAGUUGAAGCAGUGCAGAAGUUCUGAAGGGGACACAAGCUUACGACUCAUCAUGAAACACAACGAUCUCUCUCUGGAUCAGACACAAUCUAGAGGUCAAACUGGAUGUACUCAGAGUACAGUCAGAGACGAUGGAACUGACAGCCGAUCAGAGACUAAAAAGAGACUAAAAAGAACAAAAUGUUCACAUCAGAUAAGAGUGGUUGUUUUCCUUCUCAACAGUGUUUCAUGAAGUUUCACACAUAUACCGACACAAAGGGGAAGGCGGGCACUAAUUCACUCAUCUGAAUCUACAUUUGGGUAAACGAUACCUCAGUCCACCUUAAACUGGCCAGUGUGGAUGCUGUACAUUCUUACUGUUUGUAAAAUCAGAGCCAAUUCACCAAAAAAGGAAUAUUAUAAGUUUCACUGUAACAUAUGAAGCUGAUUUCUGGAUUUAUUUCUAAGGACAUUUUGCUGCAGAACAAUGCUCAACGUAGCAUAACCCUAUUUGAACAAAUACAUAGUAAAUAAUUAAUAAUAAUACAUUAUUAGCAUCAAAAAGCAUCACUUUAUUUUAAGUUUGAAUAUCCUUUAGGAUAAACUAUCUGAACUGAUGAAUGGAUGAAGCUACAACUCACUCACAGAGGUGUGGCUACGGAUGUCAACACAUCUCUAAAGAUUUAACAUCUUCUAUCAAUUAGGAAUCAUUUUAAGUGAAAUAACACACACGUGCAAAAGGACAUGAGUAACAAGCUGGAAGAAUAUGAAAAAUGAAAUCACAAAAAAGCUUGAGUCAUCCUUUUCCACAGACACACAGACCGCUCAGAGCUUUAUUCCACCACAGCAGUUCAGAACAUAACUGCUAAUCUCACAAAGUCCUACUUCAGCAUCCGUUGGCUGACAAGCUGCUCCCAGUUAGAGUCCUGGAUGGCACCAUAUUUCCUAACGACCCACUCUGCAUCCAAAAACUCUGUCAUAGCUUUUCUAUGAGCUGCCCCCUGACAGCGAGCAAGCUUCCUCAAAGCCCUUCUCUCCUGAUCUUCCACUUGUAUGUGCAAUAAAAUGUAUAUUUCAA